AUGCCUUCGCUCACCCCACCUACGUCCUCGACACCGUCUGUGGCACUGCGCAAGACGUCUACUUCCGCUCAGUCGCGCAACCCGGUGUCCUUGCGUUUAUACAAGGUCCUUGGCACCAACUUUGAUGAUGAAGCUACUAAGGAGGCGCUGUGCACGCUCUCUGACUUGUACGCAACUCCAUCCAGUAGAAAGGGAAAGGUAGUCCAGAGAGGCAACGAUGACGAUGACGAUGACGAUGAUACGCGAGUACGCUCCAAAGAUGCGGCAGAGAUGCUCCCAGGCGAGAUGGCUGCUCGUGCGCGACGGAACCUCAGGAAGGACAUGGAGCAGAAGCUGGCUGAAGGGAGUCGCCGCUUUCUAGCUGCCUUCAGGGAGGUUGACCAGAAACUCGGUGAACUUCAAAAACACGUCGACACCAUGCAUGCCAGCCUUGACGAUGCUGAAAUACAGUUGCAGCUGACAAACGAGGCUAGUUCGUCCCUGCUUGAAAAAGCUGGAAAUCUCCGGCAAGAGAGGCAGGAAGUAGACGUCAAGAAGUCUGUCGUCGAGUUGUUCCUCGGCCGUUUUGCUCUUAGCGAGGAGGAAAUUGAGUCAAUGACUUCGCGAGAUGUUCCGCUAGGCCAGCGAUUCUUUGAUGCCAUGGACAGAACAGAGAGAAUCCGAGAUGACUGUCGGGUGCUCAUGGCAGGCGAAGAAGGCCCUACGAAAGCUGGCCUGGAAAUAAUGUCUUCCACUUUAUCUUACCUGGAACAAGGUUAUGAAAAGAUAGUUCGUUGGUGUUCAUACGAGUUCCGACAAAUAGGCCGCGACGCACAUUUAGAAGUGACACCAGCUAUGCGAGAAGCUGUACGACGAUUACGCCAAAGACAAGAACUGCUCACGUACGCUCUUGCUGAACUAUCGCAGACACGACAAGCUUCGCUCCUUUCUUCGUUUUUAAUGGCUCUAACAAGAGGCGGACCAUCAGGUCUUCCUCGCCCCAUUGAACUACACGCGCACGAUCCCAUGCGCUACAUUGGUGACAUGCUUGCUUGGGUGCAUCAAGCCAUAGCGGCCGAGAGGGAGUUCUUUGAAAGUCUCUUUGGAUUAAAAGCUGAUGGUCGGAUGGUCGGUAGCGUGCGGUUGUUUGACGAUAAAAGUGAAGAGGAAGAUUGGAUACGCGAGCUCAUGGAUCUAGCCGUCGGGAAGCUUUGCGUGCCUUUGAAGGAAAGCAGCAUAGUGUCCUACAAGAUUGCGAACCUGCUGCAAUUUUACUUGGUCACGAUGCGUCGCACAAUUGGAACGGAGGCUGUUCUGUCGAAAACACUGCAGGAAAUCACCGAAGUCUCGUACAAAGUGUUUUUUGAUGCUGUGGAAGCGUUAGGCAGAUCCCUUCUCCGAGUACCUCUCGAUAACAACGAUCUCUCCUUAACCCCUCCAAUCUCUAUCAUAGAGCAUGCCCAAGUGCUUCGAGAACUCAUGAAUGUCUACCAGUCAUCUCUGCUAGGAAACGAAGAUGAAGAAAAACUUAUCGCGGGAUUUGAGCAUGUAUUGGAUAUCAUGAUGGAUCCGGCCAUUGAAAUUUGCACUAACGCUGCUGAAGCUAAAGCUAGAGCAGUAUCAAGAUGGGACAUAUCCGUCUUUGUUUUGAAUUGCCUAAGUUAUUUAUUGAGUGUUCUCGAACCGUUUGUAUUCACCGUGAACAAACAGAAAGGACUUCAAGUAAUAAUUAACGAGCGUGUACUUCUUCUUACAGAUGAGCACUAUCAUGAUAUCAUGGCCAAAGCUGGACUGCACGACAUAAUAACUGUUUGCGAUAAAUGGGAUCGCAGUGAACCACUGUCAUAUAUUCCAACUGCCCGUCCGCAAGAGUUGAAAUGGGCUCUUCAAAGAUUCUCCGCCUGGCUUUCGGGUCUCGAAGUCGUCCAGUCGCAACGAUUAUCCCACCUAACCGUGCAGCGCUUGCAUACUACGAUUCACCAAUCAGCCCUGGAAAGAAUGGCACAAGGGUACAAGGUUAUUUGCGAUGAAGUGAGGAGACCGGAGAAUAAAUACGAGGCAGCUUCGACGCUUCUGGGUAGCGAGAGGCCGUUCGGACAAGCUCACUUGUUGUGGCAGAUCUUUGGUUUGGAAGAGAAGGAUUAG